AUUUCUUUGUGAAACCGGAAGUUGUCAAAUUAAAACACGUCAGAUCAGAUCUACUUUCAUUUUCUGGACCGGUAUCUUUUAAACGAUUAAAGUUACAAACAAAAUGAUACUGGUCGGCACGAUAUUAUUGGCGUUGCCACCAAUAAUUUGUAUUUUGUACAUCAUAUUAAACUACUAUGUUCCCGGAAAAAAGAGCGUCUGCAUUGUGGUGUUGGGUGACAUCGGCAGAAGCCCAAGGAUGCAGUACCAUGCUAUUUCAUUUAUGAAAUCUGGGUUUGAUGUGGAUAUAGUUGGAUAUGGUGGAUCAGAAGUUCAGGCAGAGCUCAAGAAAAAUGAGAAAGUUUCUCUGCACUUAAUGCUGGAGCCUCCUGUAUAUUUUAAAAUAUUUCCAAAAAUAAUACAGUAUGCUACAAAAGUGAUUUGGCAGUCUAUUACAUUGGCAAUUGCUUUGCUGCUGAUGCCAAAGUGUGGUCACAUUUUUGUACAGAAUCCCCCGUGCAUUCCCACAUUUAUGGUUGCCAUAGUAACAAGCUGGUUGCGAGGCAGCAGACUGGUGGUGGAUUGGCACAACUAUGGAUACACAAUCAUGGCGCUUUCUCUUGGGAAUAGCCAUCCCCUGGUUAAAUUUUCACAUUGGUAUGAGCGAGUGUUGGGCAAGUGGGCGUCUGCCAAUCUCUGUGUCACCAAGGCGAUGAAGGAGGACUUGUCAGCAAACUGGGGCAUCAGGUGCAGUGUGUUGUAUGACCGCCCUCCAGAGAUGUUUACAACUGCAGGCCUCAAUGACAGACAUAGACUCUUUGUGCGUCUUGCUGCUGAAUAUCCUGUCUUCAGACCAGAAAAUGGUGAAAUCUCAAACGAUGAGACUGCAUUCACAGUUGCAAAUGGUAAUGGUGAGGCCACCAAUGGAGACGCGUACUACCUGCAGAAAAGGCCAGCACUUCUCAUCAGCAGCACAAGUUGGACUGAGGAUGAAGAUUUUGGUGUUUUAUUGGACGCACUGCAAGAGUAUGAAAGCAGUGUCGAAAAAUCAUCAGAUCUACCAAAAAUUGUGUGUGUGAUAACAGGGAAAGGACCUUUAAAGGAGCAUUACAGUGAGGUAAUACGAUCUCAGAAUUGGAAGAAUGUAUCUUUUUGCCUCCCUUGGCUUACUCCAGAAGAUUAUCCAACAUUGCUAGGAUCAGCAGAUGUAGGUAUCUGCCUUCACAAGUCGUCUAGUGGCCUUGACCUGCCUAUGAAGGUUGUCGAUAUGUUUGGGUGUGGCCUGCCUGUGUGUGCAAUCAAUUUUAACUGCCUAGACGAACUUGUUCAUCACAACAAAAAUGGGUUGAUAUUCAAUGACAGCAGUGAACUUGCACACCAGAUAAUGGACCUCCUGCAGGGAUUUCCAGAUAAAAGCAAGAAACUGGACACACUCCGAAAGAAUCUCACUGCCUUUCAGUCAUCUCGUUGGCAUGACAACUGGAUCAAGGUCGCUCUGCCAUUAUUUGAAGGUCAGGAUCAGCAGAAGGCAGAAUGAGCUGACCUUUCUGAAUUAUUUCGUACCGUUGAAAUGAAACUAUGAAAGGGGUGGAAAAUAUCGUAGUUGUUUUAUCAGUCAAGAAAAAAAACACGCCAUCAAAAUGGCAACCAGCUCUUAGUGUCUACAUUUUAGAACAACCUGAAAGUAAGUUGCAUGUUCCGCAUAUGCAUUUGUUAGAACAGUGUCAAUAAUUGCUUUGUACUCAGAUUCUAUUUCGAUUUGAUGAUUGUUUGGUAAAUAUCUAUGCAAUUUACAAAAACAGCCCAUUGGUCUAACAAGUUGUUUAAUGUUGUCCAUUGCAUUUUGAAUAUUUGUUAAAGAUGUAGUUGUAUAUCAUGUAACAACUUUUCAUGGGUCUAAUAUGUAAUUUAAAAAUGGUAGCUUUUAUUAGCCUUGAUGUUUAUAGUGUUUUUGUAGAUCGGCACAUUUGGCUUUUCGUCAGUGUAUCCUUAUUAUGUUGUAUGAUAUUUGUGUUACAUUAUUUUUUCAUGAAAAAAGAAAUAGCAAAAUGCAUUUGACCUAUAUUUGGUAAUGUCAUAUGAAAAAUAAAACAUCUACGCAUGUCUU